GGGCAGGUUCAAGGUGGUGGUCUGCGUCCUGUCUGCUGUGACAACGUGCCUGGCGUUUGUCAAGCCGGCCAUCAACAACAUCUCUCUGAUGACCCUGGGGGUUCCUUGCACUGCGCUGCUCAUCGCAGAGCUGAAGAGGUGUGACAACGUGCGUGUGUUCAAGCUGGGUCUCUUCUCCGGCCUCUGGUGGACCCUUGCCCUAUUCUGCUGGAUCAGUGACCGAGCCUUCUGCGAGCUCCUGUCGUCCUUCCACUUUCCCUACCUGCACUGUGUGUGGCACAUCCUCAUCUGCCUGGCUGCCUACCUGGGCUGUGUGUGCUUUGCCUACUUCGAUGCGGCCUCGGAGAUCCCGGAGCAAGGCCCUGUCAUCAAGUUCUGGCCCAGCGAGAAGUGGGCCUUCAUCGGGGUCCCCUAUGUGUCCCUCCUGUGCGCCAGCAAGAAAUCGUCGGUCAAGAUCACGUGA